AACGAGUUUUUGGUUCAAGAAUUUCUUGAAUUCCCGAUAAGCCAAAUUAGGGUUUCGCAGUAUCCGGAAGCCGGAUUGAGCCCAAAUUUCAUAUACGAGCUUCCUGCAGCGAGGUAAUCAAUCCUCUAGUUCUAAUUCCUGAAUUUCGGCUAUUAUUUAGGCCGGGGUCCAAACCGCUGAAUUUAGCUCCGGCCAGGGUUUGAUGUGUUUUUAUCAAGAAUUUGACCCGGAGCCUAGAACUAAUAUUGACGGGGAUACUGCAGGGGAUAUUAGGAUGGUCUCGGAUUUUAAUUCGGGGUUCGUUUGAGAAAUUGACGUUUUAGUACGGGAAGGUUAAACCGGUGUUUGAACGACCAGAACUGGUGAGGGAUUAGCACGGCAUACCGGGUUUUUCGUAUCACGAUAAUUAUAUUGAUGCUUAGAAUUGAUCUAGGUGAACUAGAAUGGCAUGAUUAGGGGUGUAUGGACUUUUAGGCAAUAUGAUGAAUCAUGGAUUGUUGUAUGAUAUUAUUGACUUGCCCUAGCCGAUAUGGACCUUGUUUAUGCUGAUGAUUUCGUAUAUGUUGCAAAUUGUGGGCUUGACUGUGGAUAUGCCUUAUGAUGGUUCGAAAAGGUGAUUGAGUAUGAUUUUUCAUGAUUGUUGUAUUUGGAUGCACAUGUGGGAAAAUAUAUAUUCCCUGGUGAUAUUAUGACGUUUAAGGAGGAUGACUUGCACGAGGGUGUAUCCCGAGGAAGUGCAAUUAUACGACUCCUGAUUUACCUAUGUUGAGCCAAUUAUGGCCAGGUCAAGUACAUGUGCAAGUAAUGAAUUAUGAUUAAGCAAGAUGAGAUAUGAAUCAUGUAUAAGGAUACCAAAUAUGAGUGUUGUGGUCUCACGGUCAACUACAUAGUAAUUAGGGCUCCCUAUGCUAUUACUCUAUUAUGAUAUGUAUGAUAGUCACACCUCGCAUGUGGUGGUGACUGAAGAAUUCUUAUGAGAUAUGACCACACCCAGAGCGGUGUCGGGGUAUGACUACACCCAUAGUGGUGUGGGGUAUGUAUGACCACAUCCGACAGGAUGUUGGGGUAUGUAUGACCACAUCCGACGGGAUGUUGGGGUAUGUAUGACUACAUCCGGCGGGAUGUGGGGUAUGUUUCCCGGGAGAGUUAUUAGCAUGGGAGUAGCCAGGCGCCUAUAAGUAAAACAUGAUAAGAUGCAUAUGCAUAAGUCGAGGUGGUUGAGUCUUUUGCCUAUUGGGAUGUCAGAUGCCUGAGGUCUGAUCCUAGUGCUUUGGCUUGUUUGCUAGAUGUAUGGUAGGGGUAUGCUCUGUUAUGAACUCACGAUGCUAUGAUUAUUUCACUCAGCUAUGAGCUGACCCUCUUUUAUUCUUCUUCUCUGCUUAUGCCAUGUGUAAGCAGAUCAUCAGCAGUAGUAGAUAGGUGUAUAGGUAGGAGCUGAGCAAGAGUUGAAGGCAAGAUGAGGUAUGGUCUUCAACCAUUCUGUGCUUGGACUACUACUCGGGAUUUUGGCCAGUGAUCCACACCUUUUUGUAAAAAUGUUUUGAGAACGUUUUUCAUGUGCAUACUAGCUUCUGAUGUAGUGUGAGAUAUCCACAGGUGUGGAAAGUUGAUGAUAUGUGUAUAUGUUGUGUAACUGUGUAAGUUGUGACGAUUAUGGUAUGUAUAAGUAUGGUGUGCAGUUGUGGAGUAUGAAAGUGUGACUAUGGCUAAGAAAAGCCAAUGCAUAUGGUUGUGAGUAUAUAUGUUUGUGAUGUAUUAUUUUGCAGGAUAAGUUGCAAGAACUGUUAGCCCAUUACGCGAUUAAUUCAUGUCGAAAUUUUAUUUUGGUAAAUUUUGAUAAUUAAUGUAACACCCGAGAUUAUUUCCACCGUAACUGUAUAAACAAUAUGAUUAGGCAAAACGUAUAGGGUAGGGUGUUACAAUUUUGUAUCAGAGCCCGGUUUCCCUCUUUUUGCUGUUAUGGCGUACUAUACCCUAUGGGAGGUUAAACACUCCUAAGGAGGGGAGUACCCCAUAAUGACUUAAACUGGAAAUUGAGUUUUACAUGAUUAUGUGUAUUGGUAUAUUGGAUGAAAUUACCUGCAUCAUGGUUUACAAAAUUGAGUUUUGAACUUAUUUGUUUUCAAGUAAUUAUUUUGGAAAAUUUUCGUUUUAACCAAGUGAGAGAUUUGGUGAGGAAUGAAUUUUGUGUGGAUCAAUCUAAGGCCAAUAUUUCCUUGUAGCUCGCACGGAAGUUGUGAAAAUGUUCCUACUGACCAGUCGAGAGGAGUGGGGGCGGUUGAUGCAAGACCGCCAGUAUUAGACUAUGCAAAGAUGAAGAGUUUGGGUGGUAGGGACUUUAAAGGAGACGUGAGUCCGGAUGCUGUGGUAGAGUGGUUGAGGGAGAUGGAAGAUGUGUUUGAAUAUCUUUGUGCGACCCCAUAGGAAAAAGUACAAUAUGUUGUUUUUCUCCUAAAGGGGUACGCGAGGAGCUGGUGGUCCUCAGUCUCUAGAGUUAUGCUGGACCUCGUUACCCACACAGGAGAGGUCCUAGCAGUGUUGGGAGAACACAUAGUCAAUCUAUGUCGGGAACAUCAUACAGGGCACCAAUUUCCUCAGCAACACAAUUUCCAUUUUGUCAAGUUUGUCAGAAGAGGCAUCUUGGAGAGUGUAGGAGAUUUUCUAGUGUAUGCUUUCACUGUGGCCAACCUGGGCACAUCAUGAGGGAUUGCCCGCAUUCGAGAGAAGUAAGAGCUACACAAUCCGAGCCUUCAGUGCAAUUUAGUAGAGCCCCAUUCAGGGGUGGUUACCAGGGAGGCCGUAGUGGAUUUCAGAGUGGUCGUGGUGGUUCACAGGGUGGUAGAGGUGGUGGUCGUAAUCAGCCAUCAGGAAGUGGUACGCAGGGUACCAGAGCAUAGGGAGCACCGAGGGUUUAUGCAAUGACUCGAGGUGAGGCAGAAGUGGCACCAUAAGUUGUGACUGGUAUGCUUUCUAUCCUUGGAAAGCAAUUAUAUGCUUUGAUCGAUACUGGUUCCUCUCACUCAUUCAUGUCAUAUACAUUUGCACAUAUGCUACGCUUAGUUCCAGAUAAGCUAGGUUAUACCUUAUGUGUUAAAACACCUGUGGGAGAUACCUUGAAGGUAGACUCAGUUAUUAGAAGUUCCUUCAUUUGUGUGGAAUGAGCUUUCCUAGCAGCAGAUUUAAUUCUGCUACCUUUUGAUGAAUUUGAUGUCAUCCUUGGAAUGGACUUUCUGGCAACACAUGGAGCUGUUGUGGAUUGUCAAAAGAAAGAAGUGUUAUUUAACACACCUGAUAAAGGUCCUGUUGUAUUCCGAGGCAUUAAGAAAAAGGAGACUCAUGGUUUUCUUUCUGCCUUGGAAGCUUUUCGGUUAGUGAAGGAAGGUUGUGAAGCCUUUCUUGCUCAAGUUACUGUUGUAAAUGAUAAGAAGGUUGAGGAUGUAGAGGUGGUAAGGGAGUUUCCUGAUGUAUUCCCCGAAGAACUUCCCGGCCUUCCACCAGAAAGGGAAGUAGAGUUUGAUAUUGAAUUGGUACCUGGCACAACACCAAUUUCAAUGGCACCAUAUAGAAUGGCACCAAUUGAGCUGAAGGAGCUUAAAGAACAAUUACAAGAAUUGCUAGACAAGGGGUUUAUUCGACCUAGCAUCUCACCUUGGGGUGCACCGGUUUUGUUUGUCAAGAAGAAAGAUGGCUCCAUGAGAAUGUGCAUUGACUACCGGGGGUUGAAUAACGCGACAGUGAAGAAUCGUUAUCCCCUUCCAAGAAUAGAUGACUUGUUUGAACAAUUGCAGGGUGCAUCGGUCUUUUCUAAGCUUGAUUUGAGGUCUGGAUACCAUCAAUUGAAAGUGGCAGAUGGAGCAACCUCAAAGACAGCUUUUAGAACAAGAUAUGGGCAUUAUGAGUUCCUGGUAAUGCCUUUUGGACUCACUAAUGCACCAGCGGUAUUUAUGGCUCUUAUGAACAGAGUUUUCCAUGAAUAUCUUGAUAAGUUUGUGAUUGUGUUCAUAGAUGAUAUUCUCAUCUAUUCUAAAAGCGAGGAGGAGCACUAAACUCACCUUAGAAUUGUGUUGCAAAUUCUAAGGAAGAAACAGUUAUAUGCAAAAUUCUCAAAAUGUGAGUUUUGGCUGAAGGAGGUAAUAUUUCUGGGACAUGUAAUUUCUGGAAGAGGUGUCGAGGUGGAUCCGAAAAAGGUGGAAGCAGUGGUGAGUUGGGCUCCACCAAAAGAUGUGUCCGAGUUGAGAAGUUUUCUUGGCAUGGCGGGUUACUAUUGGCGGUUCGUAGAAGGAUUUUCUAAAAUUGCUGCACCAUUGACCAAACUGUUGAGGAAGAAUACUAAGUAUGUUUGGGAUGAAUCAUGUCAAAAGAGCUUUGAUGAACUGAAAAGAGAUUGACCACAUCACCAGUACUUGCACUACCUUCAAGUCAGGGAGAGUUUGUGGUGUAUAGUGAUGCCUCGUAUCAAGGAUUGGGUUGUGUGUUAAUGCAAGAUGAAAGAGUUAUCGCAUAUGCCUCUAGGCAAUUGCGUCGUCAUGAAGUAAAUUAUCCCACUCAUGACUUAGAAUUGGCAACGGUGGUAUUUGCUCUCAAGAUUUGGCGACAUUAUUUGUAUGGUGAGACUUUUAAAAUCCUCAUUGAUCAUAAAAGCUUGAAGUAUAUUAUGGAUCAGAAGGAUUUAAAUAGUCGCCAGAGGAGAUGGAUAGAGUUGUUGAAAGAUUAUGAUUGUACCAUUGAUUACCAUCCAGGUAAAGCUAAUGUAGUUGCUGAUGCUCUGAGCAGAAAAAGCAAGAAGAAUAUAACGGAUCUGGUUGAUUUGAGGGCAAUGAAUGUUGAUUUGGAAG